CAGCACCCUCUCCCCACCACCAGUCCACCACCGGCAGGCCACGCGACCUACCAAAUAAAUCCUUCUCCUCUCCCAGAUCCGUCCCCAAUCCGAUCAGACGCCUAGGGUUUCAACUUCCAAGUUUCUCCCCCAACCUCCCAUCCUCUCCUCACGCGGCUGCCAUUGACGCGUUAGCACACGAGCUCCUCCAGAUCUGACCAAUCCACCCCCAAAUCCUCACUGACGCACCGUCAGAAACGGUGAAGAAUUCGGACGCAAAUCUGAAGCAUCUUCGUCACUUAAGACCACACACGCAUAUAUUUCUCCCCCUACCUGUUUCUAUUUUAUUUUCGUUUCGGACGCUUCAUACGAACAAGAUCUGCAAGCGGUUUGCAGAUCCUAUCUGUGUGAGAACUGAGAACCAGGCCUUUGCUUUUGGACGCACCGAACGAACUUUCGAGAUCUGUUUGUUGUUUUGCUUGUUUCGAGAGAAUGAUCAAGUCGAUGGUUUAUUACGGGAACACCUCCAUCGGGGAGGUGGAGUUGUGGCCCAAGGGCGAGACGAACUUGGGUGCGGCGUCUUGGGCGCGAGAGAUUCGCGUGGACCGUCUUUCCCCGCCCAGCGAGCGGUGCGUGCCGCUCGUGGUGUUGCACACCGUAGCGGUUGGGGCUCGCUGCCUCGUCAUGGAGUCCAGGCCGCUCAAGGCCGCCGACGAGCCACCACCGCCUCUUGUCGCCAUGCACGCUGCUUGCCUCAGGGAUAACAAGACUGCAGUUGUUUCGCUAGGAGAGGAAGAAUUGCAUUUAGUGGCAAUGACAUCACGGAGAAACUUGAUGAAUCAAGCUUGUUUCUGGGGAUAUAAAGUGCCAUUUGGUUUGUACAAUUCUUGCUUGACCAUGUUAAAUCUUCGGUGCCUCGGUAUUGUGUUUGACCUUGAUGAGACAUUGAUUGUCGCCAAUACCACACGGUCAUUUGAGGACAGAAUUGAUUCACUUCAAAGAAAGCUGAAUAAUGAGACCGAUCCACAGCGCAUAAAUGGUAUGUUAGCAGAGAUCAAGAGGUACCAAGAUGAUAAGUCUAUCCUAAAGCAGUAUAUAGAAGGUGAUCAGGUCUAUGAUGAUGGAAAAAUGUAUAAAGUGCAACCUGAGAUUGUUCCACCAUUGUCUGAUAACCGCCAAUCAUUGACACGUCCAGUUAUAAGAUUACAAGAGAAAAAUAUUAUCUUGACAAGGAUAAAUCCUUCGAUAAGAGAUACCAGCGUUCUUGUUCGGUUAAGGCCAGCAUGGGAGGAUCUCCGAAGUUACUUGAUUGCAAGAGGUCGCAAGCGUUUUGAGGUAUAUGUGUGUACAAUGGCUGAGAGGGACUACGCUUUAGAAAUGUGGAGAUUGCUUGAUCCGGACUCUAGAUUGAUAAACUCUGUUCAACUUAGUGACAGAAUGGUGUGUGUAAAAUCUGGCUUAAGAAAGUCCUUGCUAAAUGUUUUCCAUGAUGGAUCUUGCCAUCCUGGAAUGGCACUCAUAAUUGAUGACCGUCUGAAAGUUUGGGACGAGAAAGAUCAAUCUAGAGUUCAUGUGGUUCCUGCUUUCACUCCAUAUUAUGCACCUCAAGCAGAGGCAAACUUUUCUAUCCCAGUUCUGUGUGUUGCUAGAAAUGUUGCAUGCAAUGUUAGGGGAGGUUUCUUCAAAGACUUUGAUGAAGCCCUCUUACCAAGGAUUAGUAAUGUUGUUUAUGAGGACGUAAUACAUGAUAUCCCAUCAGCCCCAGAUGUGGGCAAUUAUUUGAUUUCAGAGGAUGAUAAUGUUGGAGUAGUGAAUGGGAAUAGAGAUUUGCUGGUGUUUGAUGGUACGGCUGAUGCUGAAGGUGAGAGGAGAAUGAAGGAAGCAUCUGGCGCUGGCAGUGCUUUAAAUCCAAUAGCAGCUAGCUUUGUGAUGCCAGUAGCCCCUGGUCAAAAUUUUGUUCCAUCUUCAGUAGCACCAUUUGCAACACCCCCUGGCAUGAUGCCUUUGAUUAACAGUCUGGUUCCACAACCUCCAUUCAGCCAACCAGUUGCUCAAGCAGGUCUCUUAGAUCCACUGCAAGGUUCUCCAGCUAGAGAAGAGGGUGAAGUUCCUGAGUCUGAGUUAGAUCCUGACACAAGGAGAAGGCUUCUCAUAUUGCAACAUGGUCAAGACACAAGAGAUCCUACACCUCCUCUUCCAGCAGUACCUCCUGUGCAAGUUCCAGUUCCUCCGGUGCAACCUAAUGAAAACUGGUACCCUGUGGAGGAUGGGAUGAACCCAAAUAAUCUGAACAGGGGUACAACAGGAUUUCCUGUAGAAUCUGUAAAGCAACCGCCUCAACCAUCUUACUUCCAUGGUGGGGAUAAUAAUCCCGUAUCUUCUGAUAGGUUUAACUAUCAGAACCAGAGGUUUCCCCCUCAGCUAACACAUGCUGAGGAUGAUCACAUGCUUCAGAAUCCUGCACCUCCAAGAUUCAGAUCGUUUCCUGGUCAGAGAAACAACCAGAUUGAAUCAGGACAAAACUUUGCGCGAAAUGUAGGUACCUCUGUUGGAAUACUAGAGGAGAUUGCACCAAAGUCUGGAUCGAAGGUGGAAUACAGGUCAACAUUAUGUGAUACCACGGAACUACAGUUCUCUAUUGAGGUUUGGAUAGUUGGAGAAAGAGUAGGCGAAGGCAUUGGUGGUACAAGGAGAGAAGCACAGUGGCAAGCUGCAGAGAUGUCUUUAAGAAAUUUGGCUAAUAAAUACCUCUUGUCUGAUCCAAAUAAGAUUACUGAUGUGAAUGAAAAUGGUUUUGGUAGCAAUCAAAACUUUUUUGGAUACUCUGAAAGUAAUAGGAACGAUAGAUUGCCAGUUGCGAGUACUUCAGAGGAAUCCCGAUUUAUGAAAACAGGGGAGAAUAAUUCUAGGAAAACGGGAGGUUCUGUUGCUGCUCUUAAGGAACUUUGCACGGUUGAGGGAUACAACUUAGUUUUUCAAGCGCGGCCAAGUCCUCCAGAUGGUUCAGUAAGCAAGGAAACUUAUGCUCAGGUAGAAGUUGGUGGGCAAACGCUUGGCAAAGGAGUUGGAAUGACAUGGGAAGAAGCUAAGCUUCAGGCUGCUGAUGAGGCUCUUGUAACAUUGAGAUCCAUGCUUGGUCAACUUGCUCAGAAACGGUCUGGUUCUCCCAGGUCAUUGGCACCCAAUUUUAGUAAGCGCUUCAAGUCAGAUUUCCCGCGAGCAGUGCAAAGGGCUCCAUAUGGUAGAUAUUCCAGGAUCGAAGGCCAUGUUCCUUGAGGGAAGUUUCACAGAAACAAUCUGCCUGGGCAUGAUUGAAAAUCCAGGAUCAGAAGGUUUUCUCGAGCAGAGUUUUGCAGAAACGAUGUGUCUGGACAUUGGGCCUUUGAGUUAGAAGAGACCCAUCAUCUUUGCAGAGCAAAUUCUGUGAUCUGGUGAACUCCCGAGGGCUUUCUCACUGGCUACCGGAGAAAAGUGGUUUCCCAAUCCAAGAAAUCACGAGGAAUCGUGCGGGACUUUAUGCAGACCGACAUGCCUGUGAAUCUUCCCCCGUGGUACCUGUGGAUCAGCAAAUUUAAAGUAUAUAAAUCAGGGUUGGUGCUGCCACGGUUCCGCAUGGUGGAGUUGCGACAAAAUCUUAACUGAUCGUUGUAUAAGGUUGUACAUCGUGGUUGUUUUUUAGAGAGAGAAGAUCCAGGUUGUAGUUGUAAGCACCCAAUUGAUGUUGUAGGUUGUUGUUAUUGGAGUAUGCACGACAGUGUAGCUGGCGACAAAAUCAUGAGCUUGUGAUAGGAGGCAUCACUGUAAUUUAUGUUUCUAGGUUCUAUGGAGAUCUAUCGCAGUC